AUGGCAGCUGAAGCGCCAUUUAAAACACAGAAAGAUGGAAUUGAUCCAUUAUUAUUGGGAUCUGUUGGACUUUUAUUAGCAGCGUGAGUUUUUUUUAAACUAAAUAAUAAUGAAAGUUGCGAAAUGAAAAUUAAUUUUUGCGAAACAUUUAUUGGCCACGUGCUAUUUUUUGUUCAUUUCUUGGAAAAUUUGAAUUUUUAGUGACUGAUUCAGGUUUGAAAAAUUAUUUUUCAAACAAAUAUUAUAUUCAGAUCACACCUCGGCCAAUGUACAAUUUUUGAAAAAUUCUGAAUUGCAGUUUUUAGAGGUCAAAAAUUGAGAAAAUCACAAUUUUUAGAAGACAAAAACUGAAAAAAUCAAAAUUUUCAUAUUGUAAUAAGUUAGCGUACAAUUUUUUAUUUUGAAAACCACGAUUUUGGCUGAAGUGUGAUUCAGAUCUGUAAUUCAUAAAAUUCCUUUUCUUUCAGCCUGACUUUUAUCAUUUGGCGACUUUUAAAACUUCAAUGGGAUGAAAAAGAUGCAAAACGACGUGUUGAAAUGAUGAUGGCAAUGAAUGAAGCUGAAAAUGCUGGAAAUCGACAAAAUCGUGGAGCUGAAGUUGCUGGAGGAAUGAGAAGAAAUGCGAGAAGAAGAGUAAAUCGAGAUGGAGAUGAUUCAGCUGGAUUUGUUGAUCAUAUGAUGGCUGCUGAAGGAGGAAUUGAACAAGAUGAAUAUGAAGGAGAUGAAGAUGGAGGAGGAUUUGAAUAUGAUGAAAAUGGAAAGAAAAUUGGAAAAAGAAAAGCUGCAAAAUUAGCAGCGAAAGAAGAAAAAAGAGCACAAAGAGAAUGGGAAUUGCAAGAGAGAGAAGAGAGAAAAAGACGAGAAGCAGAGAAGGAAAAGAAACGAGAGGAAGAAAGAGAACGAGAGAGAUUAGAGGAAGAAGAAGAGGAAGAGAGAAAGAGAAAAGAAAAAGAGGAGAAAGAGAGAAGAGAACAUGAGGAAUAUUUGGCGGUUAGUUAGGGAAUUUUUGAAUUUUUGGGGAAUAAUAAUUUUAGACUAAAAAAAACUUCGAUUCUUUUUUUGACCAGGCGAAGAUUUAGAUCUGCGCUAUUUGAGGUUAGCUAAGCCUACUUAGCUUUUGACCCUUUAUGAAUUCAUAUUUGGUUCAUGGGUUCUUUUCUGGUCUACAAAUUUUUGAGAAAAUUUUAUGAAAAUUAUAUUUAAAACACAUUUUUGUUGCAGCUAAAAGCAUCAUUUGCUGUUGAAGAAGAAGGAAAUGAUGUUGUCGAAGGAGAAGAAGCUGAAAAUCUGAUCCGAGAUUUCGUCGAAUAUGUAAAAAAUAAUAAAGUAGUAAACAUUGAUGAAUUAUCCGCUCAUUUUGGAUUGAAAUCCGAUGAAUCUGUGAAUCGCUUGAAACAUUUUAUCGAAGAAGGUUUAUUGCAAGGAGUUAUGGAUGAUAGAGGAAAAUUUAUUUAUAUUUCUGAAGAAGAAUUUGUGGCAGGUAACAAUCAUUUUUUCUAUUGAACUUUUUAUCUAUCUUUAUUUUUUUAGUUGCCAAAUUUAUCAAUCAACGGGGUCGUGUUUCAAUUAAUGAAAUUGCUGAACAAAGUAAUCGUCUUAUUCGUUUGGAGGCUGAAAUUGCAUAA